GAGGGCUCCUCGGCAAAAAAAAGCUGCCUCUUCCUCUCCCUCCCCCUUCCCACCCUGCCUUCCCCGCUCGCUGGCUCGCUUUUCCCCCCUUCUUUCCUCCCUGUCUCUAAUUUUCUUGACAACUAGAGGAGGCAGCAGGAAUAUUGUACCUGAUGGACAGGAUGACGGAGGACGCGCUGCGCCUGAACCUCUUGAAGCGGAGCUUGGACCAAGCGGAUGAUCGGGACGAUGUCCUGGCCAAGAGGCUGAAGAUGGAGGGACACGAGGCGAUGGAGCGCCUGAAGAUGCUGGCACUGCUGAAGAGGAAGGACCUGUCGGGCAUCGAGGUGCCCCACGAGCUCCCGGUGAAGCAGGACGGUGUGAAAGUCUACGAGGAAAAGCUGAAUGGGAGCCUCAGGCCCCAUGGGGAUGGCAGGACUGCAGGGAGGCCGGGGAAGGAGAACAUUAACGACGAGCCGGUGGAUAUGAGCGCGAGGAGAAGCGACCAGGACAGGGGGCGAUUAACCCCUUCUCCAGAUAUAAUUGUCCUCUCCGACAAUGAGGCGUCCAGUCCCCGGUCCAGCUCUCGCAUGGAAGAAAGACUUAAGGCAGCAAAUCUUGAAAUGUUCAAGGGUAAAAGCAUAGAGGAGCGACAGCAGCUCAUCAAGCAGCUCCGGGAUGAGCUCCGGCUGGAGGAGGCCAGGCUUGUGUUGCUGAAGAAACUGAGACAAAGCCAGCUGCAGAAGGAGAACGUGGUACAGAAGACUCCGGUCGUCCAGAACGCGGCGUCUAUUGUCCAGCCAUCUCCUGCUCACGUGGGACAGCAGGGACUGUCCAAGCUUCCCUCCAGGCCUGGAGCUCAGGGGGUUGAGCCUCAGAACUUAAGGACAUUACAGGGUCACAGUGUCAUUAGGUCUGCCACAAACACGACUCUGCCCCAUAUGCUUAUGUCGCAGCGUGUGAUUGCUCCGAACCCUGCCCAGUUACAAGGGCAGCGCGUUCCUCCUAAGCCUGGCCUCAUCCGCACUACAACUCCAAGCAUGAAUCCAGCCAUCAACUACCAGCCGCAAUCAAGUUCUUCUGUUCCUUGCCAGCGUACGUCGUCUUCAGCCAUCUAUAUGAACCUUGCCUCUCACAUCCAGCCUGGCACUGUGAACAGGGUGUCGUCUCCGCUCCCCAGCCCCAGUGCUCUGAACGACGCCGCCAACUCCCAGGCAGCCGCCAAGCUUGCCCUGCGCAAGCAGCUGGAGAAGACGCUGCUGGAGAUCCCACCCCCGAAGCCGCCCGCGCCCCUGCUUCACUUCCUGCCGAGCGCAGCCAACAGCGAGUUCAUCUACAUGGUGGGGCUGGAGGAGGUGGUACAGAGCGUUAUCGACAGCCAAGGGAAAAGCUGCGCGUCCCUCCUGCGUGUGGAGCCCUUCGUCUGCGCUCAGUGCCGCACCGACUUCACCCCGCACUGGAAGCAGGAGAAAAAUGGCAAGAUCCUGUGCGAGCAGUGCAUGACUUCCAACCAGAAGAAGGCACUGAAGGCAGAGCACACCAACCGGCUGAAGAACGCCUUCGUCAAGGCUUUGCAGCAGGAGCAGGAAAUUGAGCAGAGGCUACAGCAGCAGGCGGCCUUGUCCCCCACUGCGGCUCCUGCCGUCUCCAGCGUCAGCAAGCAGGAGAACAUCAUGAGGCACCACACGCUCCGGCAGGCUCCGCAGCCCCAGAGCACUUUGCAGCGCGGCAUCCCCACCUCUGCCCGCUCCAUGCUCUCCAACUUUGCGCAGGCGCCGCAGCUCUCGGUGGCGGGCGGUCUCCUCGGCAUGCCAGGUGUUAACAUUGCGUACCUGAACGCUGGCAUCGGAGGCCACAAAGCGUCGAGUUUGGCGGACCGGCAGCGGGAAUACCUUUUAGAUAUGAUCCCCCCCCGGUCUAUAUCGCAGUCCAUCAGCGGACAGAAAUAACGCCUGCUGAGCACCCCCCCCCCACCCCCCCAUCCCUUCCUCCCCACCUCCGUCGCAUGCAGUGCCUGUACUGGUGCCUACCGUACAUGGGGAAAAAAAAAGACAAAAAAAAGAAACAAAACGAAACGAAAAAAAAAAACGACAAACAAACAAAACGGAAAAAAAAAAUCCACAAAAAAAAAAAAAAAAAAGAAAGAAAAAACAAAAAAUCCCAUUUCAAACCUUCAGCGACCUGUCCUUUUCCAAACCUUAACUUCUUUGGUUUUCUAUAGCAGUGAGAGGUCACUUCCUUUGCCCGAGGUCAGAACAAUGUCUGCUUGAAGUCAGCACUAUCCAUGUGUUAAAGCUUGUUUUAUGCUAUUUUUUUUGUAAUGACAAAGCAUAGAAUUUUUAAUUGUGUUGUGUUUUUUUGUUUUUUUUUUGUUUUUUUCCCCCCUUUCCUCCUCCUUUGCUAAAUGGAUGGUUAAAACCUUUUUUUUUUUUUUUUUUUUUUUUUUCUCCUUUCCAGAGACUUGUAAAGGGUCAUCCACUUUACAUAAAAGUGACCGGUUUUUUGUUUUCCAAAGGGCAGCCUGGGCUGACUCCCGGGGGAAAAAAAACGGGGGCACAAAGCGCUGCGAUGGGCUUGGAGCCGGGACGGCCGUCCUCGCCGGUAGGGUGCUCGUUUCCCUUUGCUCCCCAGAAGAAGCCAGGAGAGCUGCUCCACGGCCCCCUCCCGGAGGAGGGCAGCCCCCGGCCGCCGUCUCGGGGUCCCCGUGGGGGGGUCUCGAUGUCCCUGCGUGGCUGUGGCCCCCCCCACACACACCCCUCUCAGCCCCCCCCCCCGGGCACGGCUGGGCUGCGGCCGCUGGUGGCAAAACCCCAAAGCGAGGAGAAGCCGCGGAAGUCGUCGGAGAAAUGCUCGAUUUGCACUUAACCUUCACACUAACGGCCCCCCCCCCCACCCCCCCCCCAUCCUCUUCCUCCUCCUCCUCUUCCUCCUCUUCCUCUUCGGCCUCCGCAGAGCAGAAGCGGGCAGCUGGAGCGUGCCCCCCCCCUCCCAAAGCUGCCCCCCCCCCCCAGCGCCGCGAUGGAGCAGACCCCGCAGGCGGCCGCAGGGAGUUCAUCCCCCCCCCCCUGCCCCCCCCCGAGUUGUUUUUUUUUGUGUGUGUGUGUGGUUGAUUUUUUUUUUUAUUUUUAAUAUUUUUUCUUCUUCCUCACCUUAAAAUUUUCUCGUGCAAUUUUCAGCCGCCCGCAGGGAGCCGCUUUUUGGGGGCACCCCCCCCCCGCCCCAUCACCACCCUGGCACCGCGCUGCCGGGGCCAAUUUUGGGACUUGGGGGGGGGGGGGGCCCAACUCCGGGCAGUGCCCCCCCACCCAACCCCAACCAUCUCCCCCUGGUGCCCCCCCCUCAAUUCGAUGAGCACUUACUCCCCGAGGGGUGUGGGCGCCCCAAACCCCCCGCCCGGGGCCCUCCAGAAGCAAAAGGAUUUUUUUUUUUUGGGGGGGGGGGACACUAGUGAAGCGUAGUGGCAUGUAUAUAUAUAUAUAACCUAUAUAUAUAUACACGUUUUUUGUGUGUGUUCUUUUUUGUUUGUUUUUUACUCUCUUUUAGCUGGCUUGGCCCCCCCCCCUCCCAAAUCCCCCCCCCCGGGACCCCCCGGGUUCCUCCCCAACCUCUCCCCUUUUUUCUGGCCCGGGGGGGGGCUGUGCCCGCUUGGCCUUUCCCCUUGGAUCCAGCUGAGACUUUUUGGGGUUUCAUCGCCCCCCCCCCCCCCACAGACCCCCCCCCCCCCAGCCCUCGUUUAAGUGCCAUUGUCCCCAAUCAGGUGUUGCCGAGAGGUACGAGGUGACCCGGGCGCAUUGGUUGAGAUGAAAUUUUAAAAAUUUAAGGAAAGAAAGAAAAAAAAAAAAAAAAGUGCAAUACUUCGGAGAUGAGUCUCUGCCGCCGGGGGGGGGGGGUUCGGGGUGGGGGGGGGCACAGCGUCCCGCUGCGGGGCAGGGCUGGCGGCUUCAUGGUGCUAAGGGAAAUUUGGGGAGGGUCCCGGCCCCGCUCCAGCCCCCCCCCGGGGGUCCUGGCCCCCCCCCGGCCCCCCCGUUGGAUGCGCAGCUCCCGGUUUGCUUUCGUCUUGACCACCGCGUGCGAGCCCCCCCCCCCCGGCCCCCCCUGCACCCCCCCUGGAUGUGAUGUACGGUAGAAAAUCGUCAUUUCUUCCUUUUUUUUUGUUGUUUUUCUUUUUUUUUCCUGUUUUUUUGGAUACAGAACUAAGGAUUUCUUCCCGCUUUUGUUAGCUUUUCUUUUACCGCUAGGUGUAGAGCCGCUUGUGAAAAAAAAAAAUGCUUAUUGGGGUUUUAUUUUUAUUUUUUAUUUUUUUUUUGGUUCCUCCAAAGGCGUAACCCCCCCCCCCCAACCUCUAACCUCCCCCCCUCAUCGCCCCCCACCCUCCCCACCCCGACGAGAUCUUAAUUAGCUUAUGGUAUUGCUGCCGAAAUGUUAUAACAAGGACUCAUUCGUGUAUAUAAGCUAUUUCUUGACACAUUAAAAAAAGAAAAAAGAAAAAAAAAAUGAAAAAAAAAAAAUUGUACAUUGUGUAGAAAAAAAAAAAAA